CCCGACCAUGACCGACAGGAAGGCGGUGAUCAAGAACGCCGACAUGUCGGAGGACAUGCAGCAGGACGCCGUGGACUGUGCCACGCAGGCCAUGGAGAAGUACAACAUAGAGAAGGACAUCGCUGCCUACAUAAAGAAGGAGUUCGACAAGAAGUACAACCCCACCUGGCACUGCAUCGUGGGGAGGAACUUCGGCAGCUACGUCACCCACGAGACGAAGCACUUCAUUUACUUCUACCUGGGCCAGGUGGCCAUCCUGCUCUUCAAGUCUGGCUGAGAGUUUCCUGACGGGGAUGGAGGAGGCCUCCUCCCUCAGCCUGGAAUCGGAAAAGCACUGGCGGCUGACGUCUCCCAUACAUUAAUAACGACCUACCAUAACGAUGCAAACCCCCACCGUGCGCCAAUGCAUGGACUAUACACUAUUUAAUAUGUAUAUUACCGUAAGUUUACUUUCUGACGGCCGCCUUCGGAGCGCAGCCCGGGUAGUUUUUUUUGUUGAUGCCGUUACGUUCUAGGAUGUAAAAGAUUUCAAUGUGGCUCUUUGAUUGUACAUUAAAGGAAAGCUGUAGAAUGUAGAGGAGCUCUCCCGAACAGGAGGAAGGUUCCAUCACCAGUCCACGUUUCAGAGAGUCAAUUCAAACCGCGCGCCACGUUUUAACGAUUCCUU